GUCGCGAAGACUGACGAAUAAUGAAAACUCGCCGUAAAUUCAGUGCAGAAGUUUUUGACGCCAACGCCGGUGUCACAAUAUUAUUUUUGUAUUAAAUAUAUGAAACAAAAAGUGCACUAAUUUUCCUGCUCAUUAGUGAAGUGAGAUUCGUUAUUCUAAGCAACCAUGGAUAUUCGCCCGAAUAACACGAUCUACAUAAACAAUUUAAAUGAAAAGAUAAAGAAAGAUGAAUUGAAGAAAUCUCUCUAUGCAAUAUUCUCACAAUUCGGACAAAUAAUGGACAUUGUUGCUAUGAAAACCCUGAAAAUGCGAGGACAGGCUUUCGUGAUAUUCAAGGAGAUAGCGAGUGCGACGAAUGCGUUGAGAUCCAUGCAGGGGUUUCCCUUCUACGAUAAGCCCAUGAGAAUACAGUACGCGAAAAGCGAUAGUGACGUAGUGGCAAAAAUGAAGGGUACCUACGCAGAAAGGCCCAAGAAGCCUAAGAGAGUACCAGCUCCAGCCGAUGAAGAAGCCAAACGAGCCAAGAAACGCGCCAAAGAUCAGAAGCACGUACAAGCUCCAGGUUAUCAGGCCGGUGUCCAACAGCAUCCAGGCUUGAUGAAUGCCGCUGUACCAGAACAACCACCAAACCAAAUUCUCUUCCUUACUAAUCUACCGGACGAAACAAGUGAAAUGAUGUUAUCGAUGUUGUUCAAUCAAUUCCCCGGCUUCAAAGAAGUACGACUUGUUCCCAAUCGUCAUGACAUCGCCUUCGUGGAGUUCGAAAAUGAAGUACAGUCAGGUGCAGCGAAAGAUGCUCUUCAAGGAUUCAAAAUUACACCUUCACAUGCUAUGAAAAUAUCAUUUGCGAAAAAAUAAAUGGUCUCUUUAUUUCUUCAAUUCUCCACGGAUUGUCUCGCAUCGGGACAGAAUAGUAUUUUUUUUUUCAUUUUCUAUUUACAUUUCCAUCGAUUAUCUAAGCACAUUAAUGAAACGCUAAUGUAAAUAAUUUUGAAUAAAUGAGAAUGGAAUUAAUUGUA